CCACAUACCUGUUUCUUUGUGUCACCUACAUUUUCACUCACAAAACACUCGUUGAUAGAGAGAGAAACAGAUAGGAGAGAGAAGUGAAAAUGUUGGUACAUUAGGCAAAAUAAGAGAGUAUUAAUGCAAGAAAGAGGAUGAGUUUGUUAUGCAGUCCAUGGCCAUUCAGUAUUCUGCUCAUUAUUAUUAUGCAUUUUCACCAUCUCCUCAAAGGGAUCUUUCUUACAUUCAUAAUUGCAAAAUCAAGCCUUCACCACCUGCUAUUUUGCUUGACAGAAGACAAUCUUACAAUACCCUUGGUUUCCAGGCUGCAAGGCUUUUGGGUCCUCCGGCAAGAUUUGAAGCUUCGAAAUUGAAAGUUGUAUUCAUGGGAGAAGAAUCUGAGAGGAACACCAGAACUAUGCCCAGAACAUACACCCUCUCCCAUUGUGACUUUACAGCCAAUCUAACGCUAACCAUCUCAAAUAUCAUCAACCGAGAUCAGUUGAAAGGAUGGUAUAAUAAAGAUGAUGUGCUUGCCGAGUGGACUAGAGUAAACGGGAGCUUGUUCCUCGAUGUCCAUUGUUACGUGAGCGGACCAAAUCGCUUUCUAGACCUGGCUGCAGAAUUCAGAUACUACAUAUUUUCAAAGGAAUUGCCUUUGGUACUUAAGGCUGUGCUGUAUGGAGAUUCAGAUCUUUUCAAAGAGCAUCAAGAACUAACGGACGCCCUAGUUCGCGUAUUUUUCCAUUCGAGCUCAAAGAAAUACAAUCGCGUUGAAUGCUGGGGGCCACUCAAGGAUGCUGCUCGAGGAAGAGGAGAUAAGAUUAAUGGGUUUUCCUCUGCAAGCAAGGAAAGUUCUGGGCCUCCAAUAACUUGGGGAAUUCCAAAAGCUAUCUUCCAAGCAUUUGCUGCCUUCCUUCUUUAACUUUAUGCAAUACAAGCAGGCAACAUAAGCAGUACUGGGAUUUCAAGAAGAUACAUUUGAAUCCAAAUUGUCAAUUGUUCGGUACAGACAAGAAUUGUUUUUAAGGUCAUCUAAUUCUUUUGCACCUUUUAAGAUUUGCUCAGUAAUUCUUGACUGUCAAUUCUUAUAAAAUCGAGAAAGCUAUUCAUUUUCAUAAACAAUUUUGAUGUUCAAAAUGAUAAACUUAAAUGAGCCAUUGUGCACCCUUGCUA